AUGCAGAUCUUGACAACCAUGAAACUUCUCAUCCUUACCUGUCUUGUGGCUGUUGCUCUUGCCAGGCCUGAAGUCCUCAAUGAAAAUUUACUCAGGCUUUUUGUGGCGCCUUUUCCAGAAGUGUUUGGAAAGCAAGUGGAAUCUGGAAGCAGUUCAUCAAGUGAGCAGAAACAGGUUCAAAAGGAAGAUGUGCCCUCUGAGCGUUACCUGGGUUAUCUGGAACAACUUCACAGUAUGAAAGAGGGAAGCCAUGCCCAACAGAAAAAGCCUAUGAAAGGAGUGAGUCAGGAACUGGCCUACUUCUACCCUCAGCUUUUCAGACAAUUCUACCAGCUGGAUGCCUAUCCUUCUGGUGCCUGGUAUUACAUUCCACUAGGCAUCCAAUACACUGAUGCCCCAUCACUCUCUGACAUCCCUAACCCCAUUGGCUCCGAGAACAGUGGAAAGACUACUAUGCCACUGUGGUGCGUCAACAGUAACGUGGCUGAGAACCUUGGGUGA